UCCCAUUCCAAAAAGGCUAUAAAUGUUAAUGAUUCCAAAACUGUAAUAAAACAGAAGAACACUAUACACUACGUAAAUAGUAGCCGUAAUGAGUAAAAGAGCAUGACGUAAUUAUUACAUCAACUUUACGUAUAAAAUUCUUCCCUCUCCCUAUAAAACCCCAAAAAUACAUAUGAACUCAUCAAGCAACCUUAAAACCUCAUAAGCAAGAAACAAAAACCAAAAAAUGGCGUCUGCAAUAAUAACAGACGCAAACGCGUUUCUCGUAGCGCUGCUAUUACUAUCUCUUUCUCACAUUCCAUUUUCAUCUUCCACAAUCCAACAAGACUUCGUGAUGUGUUUGGUCGACAACUCCGACGCUUCGUUUCCGAUGGACUCUUCGUUCUUCACUCGCGACCUAAACGCCUCUUCCUACAAAAUGGCGUUAGAGACGUCCGCUCAGAACCUCCGUUAUUUGAUGCCUUCAAAUCCGAAGCCUGAGUUUAUUUUCGAGCCGCUUUACGAAACACACGUUCAAGCCGCCGUGGCUUGUGCCAAGAAGCUGCAGCUUCACUUGCGGUUAAGAAGCGGCGGUCAUGACUAUGAAGGCCUAUCUUACGUCUCCGAGAUGGAAACGGCGUUUGUGAUCGUUGAUUUGUCGAAGCUUAGGCACAUCAACGUUGAUUUGGAAAGUAACACCGCGUGGGUUCACGCAGGUGCUUCUAUUGGAGAGGUUUAUUACAGGAUCCAAGAGAAAAGCAAAGUCCAUGGUUUUCCGGCGGGUUUAUGCACCAGCCUUGGCAUCGGCGGCCACAUAAUCGGCGGAGCAUACGGUUCAAUGAUGCGUAAGUUCGGACUCGGAGCUGAUAACGUCCUCGACGCCAGAAUCGUUGACGCGGACGGCAAAAUCUUGAACCGCGCGGCGAUGGGAGAAGACGUUUUCUGGGCCAUUCGUGGCGGUGGUGGAGGAAGCUUCGGCGUUAUCCUUGCCUGGAAAAUAAAGCUAGUUCCUGUGCCGGAGACAGUGACGGUGUUCACUGUCACGAAGACGUUAGAGCAAGACGGAACUAGGAUCUUGUACAAAUGGCAACAAGUCGCAGACAAGCUCGACGAAGAUCUCUUUAUCCGCGCGAUCAUACAGCCGGCGAGCAAGACCCCUAAAAGCAAAGAAAGAACUAUCUCAGUUUCGUACCAAGGCCAGUUUCUUGGUGACGUUAAUAGGCUCAUGCAGGUGAUGCAGAGGAGUUUCCCACAGCUUGGACUAAUGAAGAAAGAUUGUGUAGAGACAAGCUGGAUCAAGUCAGUGAUGUACAUUGCUGGUUUCCCGAGCACCGCGCCACCCGAAGCUCUACUUGAUGGAAAAUCCUUGUUCAAGAAUUACUUCAAGGCCAAGUCAGACUAUGUAGAAGAGGCAAUUCCAAUAGAAGGACUAGAAGGACUAUGGAAAAAGCUUCUAGAAGAGGAUUCACCAUUGACUAUCUGGAAUCCUUAUGGAGGAAUGAUGGCGAAAAUCCCUGAGACAGAGACACCUUUCCCACAUAGGAGUGGGACAUUGUACAAGAUCCAAUGGCUGACUUUGUGGCAAGACGGGAAAGCGAGCGAGGCCAAGCAUAUGGAGUGGAUGAGGGAUAUGUAUAGUUACAUGGAGCAGUAUGUGUCGAAAAACCCUAGAGCCGCGUAUGUGAACUAUAGAGAUCUUGAUUUGGGGAUGAAUGGUAAGGGGAGUGAUGCAAGAGAAUGGGGGAAUAAAUACUUCAAGGGAAACUUUGAGAGGUUGGUGAAGAUUAAAGCUAAGUUUGAUCCUGAGAAUUUCUUCAGGCAUGAACAAAGUAUUCCUACAGGACUUGAGUGAAAUUAUUGAGUUAAAAGAAUAAUAAGAGUGUGGUUUGGGAUUGUUUUAGGAAAUACUUUUGUUACUGUGUCUUUUGUGUCUAGAACAUGGUCAACACCCUCAAACAAAAAAAAAAUAUUGUGAACUCGUUUCUAAUUCAAACUCGUUAUAAAUCUAUUUCCUUAUCUU